CUCCGGGAUGCUGCUCUCGGUGCCGCCGCCGCGCCCGGGCCUGGCCGCCUUCGCCUGCAGUAAGGGCGGAAAGAAGCAGCCCUAUGUGCCGCCGUCGCAGCCCAUGGGCCCCCCCAGCCCCAGCCCGUCUUCCGGGGGGGCGGGCGAACAGCUGAGCAAAACCAAUCUGUACAUCCGGGGGCUGCACCCCGGGACCACCGACCAGGACCUGGUGAAGCUGUGUCAGCCUUAUGGGAAGAUCGUCUCCACCAAAGCCAUCCUGGACAAGACGACCAACAAGUGCAAAGGCUAUGGCUUCGUGGACUUCGACAGCCCCACGGCAGCGCAGAAGGCAGUGACGGCUCUCAAGGCCAGCGGGGUGCAGGCACAGAUGGCCAAGCAACAGGAGCAGGACCCCACCAACCUCUACAUCUCCAACCUGCCGCUGGGGGUGGACGAGCAGGAGCUGGAGGCGCUGCUGAAGCCCUUUGGGCAGGUUGUGUCCACCCGCAUCCUGCGGGACCCCCAUGGGGCCAGCCGUGGCGUGGGCUUCGCGCGGAUGGAGUCCACGGAGAAGUGCGAGGCUGUCAUCACCCACUUUAACGGGAAAUACAUCAAGACCCCCCCAGGGGUGCCAGGUGGGCUUGAGGUGCGGGGACGGGGGGCUGGGCGCUGGCUGGUGAUACUGACAGCCCUCCCUGCAGCCCCCCCGGACCCCCUGCUCUGCAAGUUUGCAGAUGGAGGGCAGAAGAAACGGCAGAGCCAGGGCAAGUUUGUGCCCAAUGGGAGAGCCUGGGCUCGGGACAGCGACGCGGGCACCGUGACCUUGGCCUACGACCCUGCCACAGCGCUGCAGAACGGGUUCUACCCCGCACCUUAUGGCCUGGCCCCCAACAGGAUGAUUGCACCCACCGCCCUGGCUCCCUACCUGCCCUCACCUGUCUCCUCCUACCAGGUCCACAGCCCCACCUGGAUGCACCAGUCCUACCUCGUGCAGCCCACGGGCACAGUGCUGGCCCCCGCCGUGGACCAUGCCGUCCCCCUCCAGCCCUCAGUGGUGGCCCCCCUGGCCCAGCAGCUCGGCCACCUCUCCCUGGGCAGCGCUGGCACGUACGUGCCCGCUGCUGCCCUGCCUGGAGCCUUCCUCCCACCGUACCCCCCCGUGCCGCCCGCGGUGCCACUGGAGGUGAGUGCUGGGGGCAAAGGGGGGGGGGGAGGCUCUGCAGUGCUGCAGGGGGGUCCCAGCCUCUUCCCAACUGCCCCACAGGACGGCAGCGCUGCACCCACCCACGGCCACGGCCCCGUGGAGUCGCCCUCUGAGCCCGGCGCCUUCCCCUACCCCUACCCCAAGUAGCAGCAGGGGGG